CACAAGUGUCUGCUUUUAAUGUUAACGUUACGAUAAAUGUUACAAAUGGGUUUUAGAAUCCAACCAAACUGGGAUAAGGCGUUAAGUGAAAAUGAAAAAUACAUAUGGUUUCAUCAGUAUGACACCGGUGAGUCUUAUGAGCCGCUAAUUUGCAAGUUUCUACCAAGUAUCACAAACUGGAGAACAAAGGGUUUUCGCUGGUACCGGAUAACCAAAAUGUUUUAUGCGAUUUGAUCACACCUGUAAUGCUAAGUUGUCAAAUGAGCGGUUUUUUAGAAGCUUUUAAAACUAUCGUCAGAAAACCCAAUGAUCAACAAAUUUUUUCAGUGUCCAGAUUCCUCCUUUGAUGUUUCGAGCGGUAUUUCUAGAAAUGCAGGUCAUAAUUCAGUAACCUAUAAUCCUCAGCCUCGUCCUCAUGUAUCUUCUUUUGAUGUUAGUGCAAGUGGUGAACAUUUUAUUGCUUCUUUCACUGGGUCAUCUGUAAACUUGUAUGAAACAGAAACGGGGAAUAUUCGGCGUUCUCUUGAAGGUCAUGUCGGAGAUGUAUAUACCUGCAGAUUUUUUCCAUCUGGGCUAGUUGCACUCACAGCAGGCAGUGAUAUGCAGUUAAAAAUUUGGUGUCUCAUUACUGGUCGUUGUGCAGCCACUCUUGGUUUAAAUUGUACUCGUUCUAACAAUAAAUAUGAACCAGGAGGUCAUAGGACUAGUAUCCUGGACACAGCCAUCAUAGAUCGUGGUCGUAAUAUUGCUUCUAUAGAUCGACUAGGUUGGUUAAGGCUAUGGGAUGUAGCGACACAAACUUGUAUAUCAGCAAUCCCAGUAACCCUUAGUGCUGUUAAGCCACAUACUGUUUUUUCAACGGUUCUCGAAGAAAUAACAUGCUUAGCAAUCCGAAAACAUCCUAGUUUACCGAUUCAAACAGCUGAUCUUAUCAACUCAGAUUCCUGGUAUGAAGUUCAAGAAACAUCUUCAACAACAGCCCAAGAAGUUGCUACAUCAGAUGCCUUGGUUGCUGUUGGAACUGGUGCUAAUGCGUCAGUUCGUUUAUAUGAGCUGGGUGCUCGUCAGAAAGGUUGUGUUGCUCAGUGUACGUUACCGAGUGCCAGUGGAUCGGUCGAGGCAUGUGCUUUUCCUGAAGAUAUACCGAUACCACUUUCAAAAGAAAAUCAAUUCAUUGAUGUACCUAGGAGUUGUGUUUCUAGCUUUAUGGACUAUGGAAUUUUUGCCGGUAGUCAACAAGGAGAACUUGCCUCAUGGGACAUACGUCAAACAAGACAACCUUUAUGGCAGUUAACUCAUGAAAAAGGUGCUGUUCAACAAAUACGUGUAUGUAAGCGACCUAAUUGUCAAUAUCUAUUACUUGUUGUUAGCCGAAAUGACGGACGAACUCUUGUUUAUCCAUAUGAUCCAGCCACAGCACAUGGUGAUGCACAAAUUCCUACUAGUCUGGAGCUUACUGGAGUGAAUUGUGAACCUAUAUGUGGUCUUUCAAUGGUUUAUAAACCAUCAGGAGAAAUCAGUGUUUGGAAUGCAGCUCGCAGUGGAACUGUCAAUCAAUACACCAAACUUUUAGAUGAGAUAACAUUUAAAAACUUAUAACUGACCACAAAUGUCAAAUGAGUGGAAAUCAGAUUUUUGUUUUACAGACCAAUAUCUUUGAAUUGUCAACACGGUGAAUUUUAUCCUUGCAUUGAAAAUCACGAUAUUAUAUUUAUCAUAUGCGUACAAAGCAAACCAGUUAUUUCUUUUAAAUAAUCUUAUUGUUAUAAAAUCAUUCAAGAGGAAUAAAUUAACGACGAUCAGUUUUCCCAGUCCCUCGUUUGCCU